UGUCUGUCGUCUCUGUAGCCCCGCCCCCUGACGCCCCCUCCCUGUUUGUUUUCUGUCAGAGCUCGGUGUAGCAGGGGGCUAGCUCAGCCGUUUAAACGCUGCCGGCUAACCAGCCGCACACCCGCAGCAUUCACGAGAAGAUGCUCCGUGUUUUAAAUUUUUAACCAUUUUCUCCCCUCCAGCGCUUUUAAGCCUGAGGAUACUGUAAUGCUUUUCGGAGAAUGGAAACGGACGACGUGUCGGUUAGAGAGCAACUUUUCCACAACCGCGUCCGGGAGACCAUCAUCUGCGUACUCCUGUUCACAUGUCUUUACAUCGUAUCCUACCUCAUACUUACCCACUUCAAGAAGACUGCCGACUUUGUCACAGAUGAUAUUGAAGAUGCCACCGUCAACAAGAUUGCGCUGUGGUUGUGUACGUUCGCUCUGUCUGUUGCAGUGUGCGCUGUGCUCCUUCUUCCCAUCUCCAUUCUGUCCAAUGAGGUGCUGCUUAUGUUCCCACAAAGCUACUACAUGCAGUGGCUCAAUGGAUCUCUUAUUCACGGCUUGUGGAACCUAGUUUUCCUUUUCUCCAAUUUGUCCCUGGUCUUCCUCAUGCCCUUUGCCUACUUCUUCACGGAGUCAGAGGGAUUUGCAGGGUCAAAAAAGGGGGUCAUGGCACGAGUGUAUGAAGCGGUAGUGCUACUGUUGCUGCUGGCUCUGCUUGUGCUGGGCAUUGUGUGGGUUGCAUCAGCCCUCCUCCACGACAACAUAGCCAGGAAGAGCCUCUAUGACCUGUGGGAGUAUUACAUUCCCUACUUGUACUCGGGCAUCUCUCUGUUUGGAGUGUUGCUGCUUUUGUUGUGCACUCCCUUUGGGUUAUCCCGAAUGUUCAGUGUAACUGGCAGCCUAUUGGUCAAACCGCGGCUGUUGGAAGAUGUAGAAGAUACUUUGAGCUGCACCAUGUUUGAGGAAGACUCGCUCUCCAGGAAAAUGAACUCUGGCAGGACGUCAUGCUGGGUCAAGCUGAACACGGAGGCGAUGAAAAAAGAGUACCAAACAGUUCGGAGCAAGCGCAUCGCCCUGGAAAUGCGUAGAAAAGCAUCUCCGUGGCAGAGAAACUUGGGCUAUCCCCUGGCCAUGCUUGUGCUCCUUGCACUGACGGUGAUGUGUGUACUGAUGGUCUGUUUCAAUGUGUUGGAGUUGCUCCUGGAUGAGACGGCUAUGCCCAGAGGAAUGGAGGACCCUCACUUGGGGAUGGUCUCGUUCUCCAUGUUCGGCUCACUGGGCGCUGCAGUUCAAGUGGUCCUUAUCCUCUAUCUGAUGGUGUCCUCAGUGGUGGGCUUCUAUAGCUCUCCUCUCUUCACUGGCCUCUUGCCUCGUGCAAAGGACACCAACCUCACACAGAUCAUUGGAAACUGCGUGUCACUGCUUAUCCUCAGCUCAGCACUACCAGUCUUUUCACGCACACUCGGGAUCACGCGCUUUGAUCUUCUAGGAGACUUUGGUCGGUAUAACUGGCUUGGGAACUUCUACAUUGUCUUUUUGUACAACAUGCUGUUUGCUGGUCUCACCUCUGCCUCCCUGAUCAAGACGGUCACCUGGGCAGUACAGAGAGAGCUCAUACGUGCCUUUGGUCUCCACAAACUGCCUUUAACUGUGUCACGCUCCACUGUCCCCUUCAGACUCCUCCUGGCCAGUGGACUGUCCAAAAUCCAGUGACUUUCCUCCCUCACUGCUGCCUUUCCUGACCUUUUAGAAACUGAGCCACUUCAAAUGAGCACCCGCUGGAUUAAAAGCUUUUGCAAUUCAGUUACUGUGCCUGUUGAUACAUGGCUCGGGUCGCCCAGUGUGAAGAGACUGGAGGAGUUGAUGAGUCUCUGUGCACUUUCUCACGUUGGAGCUCUGUUUGAAGCUGUGUCAUGACCAGUGUAUCAGGGCCCGGUUUUAUGCAGUUACUUGACUGCAAGGACAAGCACUGGUAAGAGUGGUUAGCUAAGUCAUGCUGCAACUGUAACAAGGGGAAUAGGAAUUUAAGCCAUAUUGGCAAUCCUAUCAAUAGUGCCAUCGUGGACAAUCAACCUGCUCCACAAAUCCUGAUGCCUGAUGAGAAGUGGAUAGCUGUUGCUCUGUUGACACAUGUGAAAGUCAGCAGAGUUAUUUUGAAAUAUCACAUUGUAAUUGUGACAUAAUUUCCUUUUCCUGCUCCAGGUCAAUUGAGCGCUCUCUCUUUCUCCAUGGCUUCCCCACACUUUCCUCUCUUAGGUUGUAUCACUAUUUUAAGAUUGGGAAUCUUACUUCCAUGUGUUUAGUGGUUCAGUGUUAUGGUAAUUAAUGAGAGGAAGUUGGUAUUGGAGCAAAGAGGACGCAGACUACCUUGUCUAUCUAUGGAUCUGCAGGUUACACAGGGAAUAUGAGAAUGAGGUAAAUGUCUGAGAGUUGGAGCUCUUUUUACUCGAAUUAAGGGCACUUUCUGUGGUGAUCAUUGAGCACGUUUUUUACUUUUGUAAAAAAUGUGCUGAAGAUUACUCAUUUAUUUACAAAGAAACUAAAAAGAUUUACACUUUGUCUUAUGCAAGACUGCCAUAGAAUGCCAUAUGACACUCGCUUGGAGGAACUUCUGCCUUUGACCAAUCAUACUGUGAAUUAUUAGGAAUUUCUGUGGGUAAGUGCAAUAUUUUGUAAGCAAAAGCACACUUUUUAACUUUACCAAAAGUAACUUCUAAAUUUUCUCUAUGCUUUCUUUUCAUUUGUUAAGCAUUUUUUUCCCCAUCUCAUUCCUCUUUAUUGGACAAUGGGCCAAUGGUUAGAGUAGUUUCAGAAUGUUUUCAAAAAGCAAAUGUGACUAUCAAUCCAUGGAAUGAUUUCUGGUGUCAUAUUUUUUUGUGCGUUUUGAUAACCUAAAUUCUGUCAUGUUUAUCAGCUGUAUCUCAUUGUCCUCGAUGUGUUGAUGACCCUGUGUCACCGUUUGCCUUUGCUGCUGUAUCAGCAGGUUAUUUAGCUGUUUGUUUGACCAGCAGGGGACAGUGUCUCUCAAACCCUGCAUCCAGCAGCCCUGUUUAAUGAAUCUUUCUCUCUCUGGUUAGUAAUUAUAGGUAUUAUGUGCCGAGCACUCUGAGGUUUACUCAUUUCACUUUAUCUGGGAAAUUUCUUUUGGUUUUUGGGAACACAAAUUUUAUAAUGUACUGUUUUUUUUAUCAGUAUUUAUGGGCAUUUGGGGAUCUAUACCUACAUGUCUUUACUCUUAGGAUUUUUAACAGUUGUUGAAAAUGUUGAUUGUGUUGCAGUUGAGACAAAAAAAAUCUUUAGAGUUGUUCUCAAAGAUGGAAAAUAGUGUGUUCAUUGUUUACUUUUGAAAUCACUCUGGUCUGUCAGGUUUUCUGAGCUGAAUUUUGCCUAUCAUUGUUUUAUGAGAAGAAAGAAAUAAAAUUGUCCAGUGUUUUUAA